CCAGUUGGGACAGAGGGACCACUGGGAAAAGGUGCAAAGAAGGCAAGAGGGGAGGGCCGCCGGCAGGCAGAGGGGCCCGGCCUGCCAUGGAAUUGUACCUUAGCUCCUGCUCCAAGGCUGCCAACAUUGCCGCCACCAAGACUGCCACCAGCAGCCUGGCGGCGAACAGCCAGCAGUGCGGAGAUGGCAUACACAAAACCCACUUUCCAGGGGUCGGAGCGGCUCAACUACUAGAUCUGCCUCUUGGAGUCAAGCUGCCUAUGAUUCCAGGAAGUGAUACUGUAUACUUUACUACAAAUUUAAGUGAGAAGCUUUUUCGACCUUCUUAUGGCUUUAACCUGACUGAUCCUUAUUGUCGACUUUUGGAAAACCAAUAUAAAAGUCUCCAUGAUCCACAUUUAAGAGCAUACUAUAAGCGCAAAGAUGUUCUGAGGAGAUUAAAGAAAGGUGGCUACAUUACCAGCAAUAAUAAAAUUGUAUGUACCUUGAGGGAAUUGAAUAAGUACAGGCAAUAUCUUACCAGUUUAAAAUUAGACUUUCAAAGAAACUAUGUAAGAGAACAAGAAAUGCUUGCAAAACAACUACAUAAACUACAGGAACACAAUCAAAUCUCCGAACACCUUGAUAUCAUGCAGUUCCAAAACUGGUUGUUACAGGAGGGUACCCAGUCUAUUAAGGACCAGGAGCGGUUAAUAAGACAUAGAUAUUUGGAUAUGAUAAAUAGGGAAUUAGAACAACUUGAGCGCAAAGCAGAAGAGCAACGCCUACUCCGAAUGGAUAGAGAAGAAAGACAACAGAGGGAACACACAAGAAGAAAGCUUAGUCUUCGUAGAAAAAUCGAAGAGGAAUGGAAGACAAAAGAAAUGUUACUUCUAACAAAGAUUGGAGAAGAUGUUAAAAGAGAACAGAGGAUAGAAGAGCAACGACGUAGAAACAGAGAAGAGAGUGACAGGAAGAAACAAGCCUUAUUAGAGAAAAAAAUGGCUUAUCAUUUGCAAAAAAUGCAAGAAACUGGCUUUAAAGGAGAUGAUAUGGGAAAAAAUACAUUUGAAUACAGAGGACAAGAUGGAACAUUUUGCGAAUCUUCUCCAAAGAAGAAAACAAAGUCUUAUGAUGAUACGAAGUUAGUGUAUGCUGUUGAUGACCUAAAAACAUACAAAGGAGCAUAUGGACAUGAAGUAAAUACUGUUAAGCUGACUCAGAAUAGUUCAAAGAAUGUUACGAAAAAAUCUUCAAUUACUUACCAGCCAGAUGCACAAGACAAUAAUGGUAUAGAACAAAAGAAAGAUGAAGUGAUAACUAAAAAUUCAAGUACAUUUAAUGACAGAGGAGAUACGAACAUGUCAGCUCGAGAAUCAAUUGUUUCAGCUCAAACCUCACCCACAAAAAAUUUUCCCAGGCCCUCAGUAUCACUUUUGAAUCUUAAUCGUCCAAAAGAAGAGGAGACAAAUGCCGAUUGGAACAGACGAAACAAGAGAUCAAGCUUCCUCUGUGAAUCAGGACCCCAGGCUCAAGCUACAGCCCCCGGUAUUUUUUCUUCUCCAGUUUUCGCAAAUAUGCAAGAGAACCUCUUACAAAAUUGCUGGCAAGAAAAAGUAACUUCUGAAGAAUUGAAUAGUAUAAUUCAGAAUGUAAUGACCUGGGUCGUGGCUACAGUGACCAGUAUACUAUACCCAGCCAUCACGAAGUAUGAAGAAAGGCUGCGAAAUCAUACAUACCCAGUGUCUGAUGACUCUGUCCUUUCUUCAGAUAGUUCAAGUUUCUGUAGCACAUGCAGUGAAGAGUUUACAUAUGGUAGUUACACAACUGCAGCAACAAAAACAUUUCAUGCAGAGCCCUGUGCAUUUUCAGUUGAUGUGUCAGUAAGGAGACCAACCACACCUUUAAGAGCCUCUGCCCACAUGGAAAGAACAGUUGUGGGAAAAACAUAUCACAAGACAGGGCAAUCUAUAACUUCUGGACUGAAAUAUAAUAAAGCUAACUUAAUAUAUUCAUAUCCUAAGGUCAGAAGUUGCAAAUCUGAUAGUCAACUUUUAGCAUCAGUUGAAACAGGCACCAAAAAGUCUAAAGAUGCUACCACUGAAACAGAUGGCCUAGGGAGUCCAUUGUUUUAUGAUAAAAAAGCAAAAGCCAUGGAGGAGAUAAAGAAUUUAAAGAAUGUUUUUGUUAAUUUUAAAUGUCACUUGAAAGAGGAAACUCAAUUGAUUUUAGAAAGCAUUUUUCAAGAAACAAUGUCUGAUUUAACUCAGGCCAUUCCCUCCCUCUCUUCUGUCACUGCUGAAGUUUUUGUUGACCAAAGCGAGCCUGAAAAAGAAGAUUUGCUCUCCAAUGCUGAUAUUUGUUCAGUAGCUUCUGAAAUUGUGGACAAUAUGCUUGAGAAGCUAGAGUGUGCAGUUGAGAAAAAGUGUGUAGAGAUAUUUUCACAAGAAGAUUUGUCAGAUGACGGUAUGCCAAGCGUAACAACCAGUGGGGAAGGUCUCAUAUUACCAAAUGAGAAAGUUUUAAAAGAUUCACCACCUUAUACUUUGGAACCUAUGUGUGAAAUAGCAGAGGAUAUGGUGCACACCAUUUUAGAAAAGCUGAUGACACUGACAUCUUGUCAGCAAAACAAACUUCCUCAUUUUGAAGAUACAGGUAAACUUUACCAUCAGCAAAAUAAGACAGACCCAGCUUACAGAUGCCUUCAAAGAGAUGGUGAAAAACAAUCUAGUUCUAAACCUAAUGCAUCUAAUUUAAUUGUCAAAGAAGAAAUACAACAUUUAAUUACAAAUAUUUUUUCCCAGUCCUCUUUGCUUGGUUACAUAGAGGAUGCAGUCAGUACUAUCCUAGGUUAUGUACAAACUGAACUGAAUAAUGAGAGACUUAUUGCAUCUGAAGAAACAGUAGUACUCCUUCGACUACUCGAUGAUAUCUUCACGGAGCUCCAUCAGGAGCCAGUGAAAGCAGGAGUUCAAAAAAGCAAACGACCUAAACUAAGAGAUCCAUUGGAUAUUGAAGAAAAGUACAGAGUCAUUGGCACUAGAUUUUCUCAGGAACCUAGAUCCAGAAGACCAUUUCCACCUAUUAAUGUUCCAGGCAUGGUUCUUUAUUCUGAAGAUGAUAGUGAAGAAAUAGAAAAAAUUGUGGAAAAUGUGCUUGAUUCAUCUUUCAAAGAUGAAAAAGCAAAAUUACAACAGCAGAUUCCCGAAAACUGGUUUAAAAAGAGAAACAAUUGUUUUGAGUACAAAAGAAAUAUCAAACCACCUACAAAGCCUGCUUCUCAAAACAAAGUUGCAUUUCAUGAUUGGGGGUUAAAGACUGAGUUACCAUCUAAUAAUGAAGAUAUUUUCAUGGAAAAACCCUGUUUAAGUAAAGACAUUCCAGUUUUUAAUCAAGAUCAAAAGCAUCAAAUACAAAAGGCUUCAGAAAACAUAAUUAAAAGUAUUUUAAGAGAAUUGCUCAAGGACCUAUCUUCUGUUCCUCCUGAUCACUCAGACAGCCGUACUGGCAAAGAAGCUUCAGUACAUGUUUCAGAAAAACUGUCACAUCGAGAAUGCAUGUACCAGAUGUUCUCCAGGUCAGAAAUUAGUACAGUGGCUCAAGAAAUAACAGAGGCUGUGUUAAAUAUACUUCAUAAGGCAUCAAGCUUCAUUUCCAAUACCACUAAAAGUUCUAUGUCAUCAUCAGUUCAUCAAACUUCUCUAGAUAAUUCUGUUAGUCCCCAUAUGUUCAAAGAGGCACCAAAUAAAAAGCCAUUAAAAAUAUGGUUUGACAGUGAAAAGAAAAUGAAAUAUUUAUCUUCAGUUAAUGUAGAACCUGAAAAUUCAUCUUGGUUAAACUCUGGAGAAAGUGAACCUAAACCUGUGGAUCACAUAGGUGAUAAGAUCAUUCAUACAAUUUUUAAAAGGCUAAAGUCCUUUGUUUGUCCGAAAUUGCAAAUGGACUUCAAAUCUUCCCUUGACAAGCAAUCUUCAUUACAAUCUCAACUUAGUACCUAUACAACUAAAGUAGUAAACAUUGUUUUGCAUGCAAUCCAGAAUGAAUUGGAACUGAAUAAGGAAAAACUAAAUCUUGUGGCAGACCAUACCAAAUCCCUCACAGGUAAAGGACUUUUUGUCAAUGCUGACAAGAAAUUAGAAUCCUUUGUAACAAAUCUGAAUGAUGAGAGUAUAUCAAGUCCAUUAUUAACUUUUAUUUGUGAUCUGUUAUCAAAUGGACAUGCAGAUCAAAGAAAUAUCUUACCUCCUGAAGAUAAGCCAAUGUCUGCAACUUCAUGUGAAUCUGACAACAUUGAUAAACAAAAGAUUUUGCUAAAUAAGCAGGAUAAAAAAUCUUUUCUCAAACUUUUGGCUACACCUUGUACAAUCCACAGUGUCAUUAAUAGAAAUGAUCUCAAAGAAAAUGCCAAACUGCAAGUGUUGGACAGAAUUGGGGAGACACUCCAUGAAAUGUUAAGUAAGUUAAUUGGAACACAUCCUCACUCUCAGCCACACUGUUGUCAGCAAGACAGAGAAAAGAUGAAGGAAGAUCAGGAAUUGGCUGUUGCAUUGCAGUCUAAUAUUCAGCUCAUAUCCAAAACAAUUUUGGAAUAUAUCCUAGCAAAAUUAUGUAGUAUUGACACAGAUACCAGUUUUGUAAGUUCUGGGUUUAAUGCUGUCUCAGAGUUUCUUGACAUUGACAGCCUAUCAUAUGAUUCAAUUAUUGAGGAGAUGGCCAAAUGUACCAACAUGAUCUCCAACAUAGUUUCCAGAAUGAUUCAGGAUGGUAAUACAGAAGUUACUAAAAACAAGGCAAAAAAUAUAGUCCCUAUCACUGCUAGAACAGAGAACACAAAAGGAAUGCACUCAAAUAAACUAAAAUCUGUAGCUUCAGAUAUUCUUAGUAUGGUUUUUGAUAAACUGGAAGGGUUUGCCAAUGGAAAUUUAGAAACUCUGGGUGUUAGUAAUGAUGGAAAUAAAAAGAGUGAUAAAAUGGACUGGGAAUGUGGAAGUACCAGUGUUUCCACAGGCACACAUGAAGAACCACUGCAGUCUGCAUUAUUCAUGCAUGCGAAGAAGGUAUCAAGUGCUAUUUUGAAGGCUAUUCACACAGAAUUAAAUAUGAACUCACCUGAUUUGAGGACAAAUAUAAAAAACCCGCCACCUGAGACACAAAUGCUUAAGAAUAUAGUAAAUUUAAUUUUAGAUGCAAUAUCCUCAGAUAUAUUUAAUGAAACUGAAUCCGAAGGGAGUGGCAUUGAAACUUACCGGUAUAGGCCAACUUACGGAAAUUUUCUUCCUGGAGGAGCUGAAUCAGAUUCAUUUCUAGAAGAUGAUGGAAAUACAGAGAAAGAAUUCAUUGGAGAGACAACACCCAUAAUAGAAGAAACUAAAACUAAUUCUCUUAAACAAAGGGUUCUAGAAAGAACUCUAAACAAAAUCGAAAUGAAACUCAAAGAACCACAUAAAUCUCCAAUAAUCCCUAUUGUAAGAAAUAUUUUGAAUGAAAUUUUUCAAAGCACUUUAAUCAGUCAAUUAAAUGUGCUUCCUCUCUCCCAUUCUCAUUUUAGUGUCACACCUCACAAUCCUGAUGCUCAAACAUCUCUUCAAUUUAUGAAUAAAAUAAUGGAUCCUUUAGUAUCUGAUACAGAUGUAACCAUAGUGGCAGAUAAUGUUGUUAAAAUUGUAUUUCAUAAACUUUAUUCAGCUGCUGUGACUGAACGUAAUGUAAGUGAAAAUAGGCAAAAAACCAUCACAUUUUCAGCAAAUGUUUCUUUUCAUGAACAGACCUAUCAAGGAAAGUCCUCUGCUACUGUGUUGGACAGAAAUCCUUGGACUCAUCAGUCCAGAUUCAGUGUUGACAAACAGAGCAAGAUAAAUGUAGUUGAAGAUAUUAUACAGGCAAUAUUAACAAAUUUAGAAACUUUUACUACUUGUAAAGUAAAAUCUUUCUUUUGCCCCCAAGUCAACAUCACAGUUCCAAUGGCUGUAACUAGUGAACAGGAUAAGAGUCCAUUGAGCAAAGAACCAUUAUCAGCCAAUGAUACGUAUUCUGAUGAGCAAUUUACCUGUUAUCCAGUAGAUCAUAAUAGUUCAGGAGAGACCAACUUGUUAUGUCAGAGAUCUUUCUCUAAAUUAAAUACUUAUGCAAAAGUAGUGGCUAGAAAAAUUUUAGAAGGAAUCAAACAUGAGUUAGAUAAAGAAAGAGAAAAGCCUUCCUUAACUCAAAAUGUUGUGGUUUCUGAAAGUAUUGCAAGUCGAAUUGUGGAGACAGUGUUAGAUGCUGUAUCAUGUAAGAGCAAAUGUGACAAAAACAACUCUGACAAAGAGUUUGAUGCAUAUCAGCAAGAAGAUAUUAUUGAAAAGCUAGUCAAUAAGAGAGAAUAUCGAAAAAUCCUUCAGUUUCAAAUACAAGACACUAUUGAAGAUAUCUUAUGUGAUAUUUACAAAAAAACACUGUAUCAAAAUAACCUCUCAUUUGCCACACCCACUCUAAAAUGUAGCAUAACUGGUAAACAUUCAGAAGCAAAUUCUGAAAUGUUCAUUAAGGGUGCAAAUAAGUUUAUUCUUAAACCCUCAGUUCCUAAAUCAGAUGUCACUUUGAUAUCCAGUGAUAUAGUGGAUAUCGUUCUGCAUAGUCUCCAUUCUGCUGUUAUGCUUGGCAUAAAUACAAAAGAUUCUACAUUUGCAAGAUUGCCCCAAACCUCCUGUGAGAUGUUUCCAAAAGCAGAGUGUCAACAGUCAAAAAAUAAAAUAAAAACAGAAUGUGUUCCAUGUUCAAGAAGUCACAAAUCAGCUUAUUCUGCUAAUAAUCAAAUAACUGUAGUAGAAAAAGAAGAUGCCAAGAAAUUUGCUCCUGACCCAUGUGAGGAAAAUGCUAACUUCAUUACUAAAACUAUUUUCAGUAGGUUAGAAUCUUUUGCCACAGAAAGAAUAGACUCGUUAAUUACUCUUGAUUUCCAGCCUAAAGAAAAGUCAUUUGUUAGCCCAGUAUUGGAAAAUUAUAAACCAGAUGACACCGCCUUUCAUGACUCAAGCCAAGUGGAAUCAGAUAUAAAUGUCCUGAAAAUAUCAACAACUGAAACCAUUCUCAGCCAAGAGUUCACAGAUUCAACUUUUGCCAGUUACCGAGAAAAACUUGGAUCCACAAUUCAUCUAUCACCAGCUAGCCUUAAGGAAUAUGCUGAUAUCAUUUCCAGUGCCAUUUUGAAGCUUAUUAAAAAUGACUUAGACUUGGAAAUCCAAAAGAGGUAUCCAUUUCCAAGCAGUAUUGCAUUCCAAGAAAACAUCAUUGUAAGUGAAAUUAUCAAUGGUAUUUUAAAGAUUUUACAUGACAAAAGAUCUGUAAAGGAAAUUAGUGUUUACUCAAAAGAGAAUCCUAACUUUUCACAAUUAACUGCAUCAAAUGAAAUAUUGGCAGAAUGCAGAGAGAAAGAAAACAUCGAAUUGUCUCUAUUUUCAAAGUGUCCAUUAGGACAAAAUCAAAUGACAAUGGCAAAGGAAAGUCAAAGGGUUGUUCUAGAGAAAAUAUUUAUGAGAAAUGGAGAAUCAAAACAAAAGGAAAGAACUGAAUUGCACAGUGCCGUGGAAAAACUUUUGAAUAAGUUACAUCAAAGAGUAAUGGAAAUCAUGUGCCAAUUGCCUCAGUUUGAUGAGUUUCACCACUUUACAUCUAAUUCUAAAAUUAAAACAUCAGACGUACCACAAAAUUUGGUUUUUCAGUCACAUAUCAACAGCGUAGCAAAUGACAUAGUUGAAAGCGUUUUAGGAAAAAUGUACUCCGUAGUUGAAAUGUCAUUAUACAAAAAUAACAAAAGUAGAGGAGAAACAGAAACAUCUGAUGACAAUGAUGCCUUGCCAAUAAACACAUCGUACUCUGGAGGAACUAACCAAACAGAAAAAAGAAGUAAUCCCUCAAGAUGUGUGAUAUCACAAGUUUAUGCAGACAGUCAAAAUGUCUCUGUGUUAGAAGACAAUAUUUGUCAAUAUUCGCCAUUGCAAGUGGGGAAAGAUUUAGUGCAAAUAGUUCUUACUAAGAUCACAUAUUUCAUCUCACUUCAUCUUAAAGAAUGUUUGUCCUCUGAAGGCUGUUCUGAUGAGUUGCAACAACUAAGGCUCUAUAGUUCUAAAGUCAGCCCUAAGAGCAGUCCCAGACUAGGCUUUAAAACAAGUUUAAAGGCAAAAUCAAAAAGUACGCCUUUGCCCAAAUUUAGAACAAAACCACACAUAGGACCUAGUGGUGCUAGGGUCAAAAGCAAGACCAAGUUUGGUCUUGGAGAGAAGACUCUCAGAGAAACCCAGUCUAAGAUCGCCAUCGGAUUGCCACAUGUCCUAUCAAUAGGAGAUGCCAAAAACUUACUGGAAAAAAGGCUGCCCACUUCAGAACUAAAAACAUAUGCCAAGGAUAUAAUAAGUAUUAUCUUAGAAAUAAUUUUGAAAGAAUUUGAGAAAGUGAAGCAAACUAGAGAAAUGGCAAAUAUAAAAGCUUUGCCAUCUGAUCAAAUUAUGGCAGCAGGUAAAAUGGUUAGUUCAGUUUUGCAAAAAUUAUAUGCUAUGAAUAACCACAAUAUGGCUCAUUCAACAAAAUUCUCAUAUUUGAAUGAUCUCAAACUUUCACAGGGAAACAAAGAUUCAGGGUCCCUUGCCAAACAACAAGCAUGUUUUUACUUAGAGAAUGUAUCUUCACAGCUAGAACAGAUCUUUCCGAAAGAAGGUAUUUUUAAAAAAAUGUUUGACAAAUGGCAAACAGAGUCAAAUGACAUGGAAAAUGAAAAAUGUAAGCUACUGAUGAUAGCUGAAAAUGUUUUGACUGAAAUUUCAAUAAAAGCCAAAGAAUUAGAAUAUUCUCUUUCACUUUUAAAUUUGCCUCCUCUUGAGGAUUAUAAAAGCAGGUUCUAUAAUCACUUUAAAGGAGUUUCUCCUAGGGCCAAGAAUACUAAAGCACAAAUUAAUAUGUUUGGAAGGGAAAUUGUUGAAAUGCUAUUUGAAAAAUUACAGCUAUGCUUUUUGUCUCAAAUGCCUACGCCAGAUAGUAAAGAAGCACUAGCAAACAAGAAAGAACAUCUUUCUGCUAAAAGUAAAUAUGGCUUUCCAAACAAGCAGAGCCUCAGGAGUUUACCAAUCUGUAACACAAAGACAAAUGAACAAACUUCUAUGAGCUCUAGCAACCAUGUUGUUCGAGAUAUUGUAGAAAGAGUUUUAAACAUGUUAGAGUCAUUUGUGGACUUACAGUUUAAACAUAUCUCUAAAUACGAGUUUUCUGAAAUAGUCAAACUGCCUAUAGAAAAUCUCUUUCCUGUCCAACAGAGAUUAUUAAGCAAAAAGAUGUUGCCAAAAUUACAACCACUGAAAAACUUUGCUGAUGAAUCCAAAUCAAGUACAACUAUUUCCAAGGAUAACAUACAGAGCACCCUCCUCCAGGCUCAUUCAUUCCAUUCAGAAUUACUUACCUAUGCUGUUACUAUUGUCAAUGACAUGCUUGGUGUAAUUAAAAACAAAUUAGACAAAGAAAUAAGCCAAAUGGAGCCAUCUUCAAUUAGCAUACUGAAAGAGAACACUGUAGCAAGUGAGAUCAUUGGCACACUAAUGGACCAGUGUACCAAUUUCAGUGAAUCUUUGAUCAAAAACCUUCCAAAGGAAAGUACAUUCCCUGGAACUGAAAAUGCUUACAUUGUUAAUCAGGUUGAAUUAGCAUCUAAAAUAAAAAUGCCCACAUCAAAGUCAAAGGAAGCUAGUUUGGGAAAUAAUCCUCAACAAGUGAAUGUAGAUGGUUUGGUGUUCUAUGCAGAGGAAGAUAUUAAAGCAAAGUACAGAGUUCCAGCCAAUUUUUCCUCAUAUAUCAGAUCCUCUUUAGAAGAUACGAUUAAAAUCUCAGAGCCAAUGGAAAUGCCUGAUUCAGAAACUAUAUCACCAUGUUCUAGAAACAAAAUACGAGACCACAGCCCAAAGAAAUCUAACUUUGGCCAUGUGGACGAGGCCAUGAGAGGAAAUAACUUUCUCCCUGAAGGCAGUGUUUUACAAAAAAUGUUUAAGAAAGCAAAUGACUCUACGGAAGCAUCAUUACAGCAAGUAAUGUCAUUCAUAGAAAUGGGAAAAGGUGAAAAUCCAAGAGUGUUUCAUUAUGAGACCAUUAAACCACGGGUUGAGCCAAACCAAAUUCAGACAGCAGUUUCUCCACUCAAAAUAUGUUUAGCUGCAGAAAACAUUGUCAAUACUGUACUGUCCAACUAUGGCUUUCCAAGUCAACCACAUACUAAUGAAAGCACAGAGACCAUGAAACCAUUUUUCAUACCAAAGCAAAAUACUUUGUCUGAAAUAUCUGGAGGAGAAAAGAAUGAGAAAAAUCUGCUUAGAAUUUGGGAUAAAAAAAUCAACUGUAUUUCUGAAGAAGAAAAUGGAAACCCUGAAGACAGCAGAGGAAAUGUUUCCUUAUUGCAAAAAUGGCAAAAUAAGAAAUAUUCAAAGAAAAAGAAAAUAGAGACUCUGAAAGAAGUUGAAGUCAUUGCUUUUGCUGAUCAUGAACUGGGUCCGAAUGAAAUUCAUUUGGUAGCAAGACAUGUCACCACAUCAGUGGUCACAUAUUUUAAGAACUUCAAAACUAGAGUUUCCAUUGAGGAGAAAAUAUCUAUUGUUUCUACAUUGUCAAGGACAAAAUGUGAAUCCAAGCAGACUCUGAGAAGCAUAUACAAUAAUUCUUUGAUCUAUCAAUUUUGUGAGCAUCUAACUGAGUCAGUCAUUUGCCAUUUAAUUUCAAGUAUUUCUGAUGGCACUAGAGAAAGUAAAGAGCAAGAGAAAGCACGGAAAAUUCAAGAUGUAGCAUUUAACAAGAUUAUUUCAAUUCAUUCUCAUAAGUUUGAGAGCAGAUCGAUUUCUGUUGGAGAACUUGCUCUAAGUAUUUCUGAAAUUAUUGUUGAAAUCCUUUUCAAUAGCAAGAUUAUAGAGAUGAACAUUGCGCAGAAAAUGGUUUCCAUAAAAGCAAAAUACAUUUACUGUCCAGGAGUAGCUUCUGCUGACUUUGAUGAUCUUUUUCAAGAUCUCUUAAUAGGAGUGAUUCAUGUACUGUCCAAAGAAAUAGGAAUAACUCAUCACUUUGAAAAUAAUGUAAGAAACAAGUCGUUUUCUAUAAUUAGAAGCAACAGUGAGUCCAUUAGCAAUCAAACUAAUACCAUGAAAAUACAAGAAGUCUACAGAGAUCAGGAAUCAUCUAUUCACCAAACUGAUCAACUGGCUCAAAAGAAUAAAUUGAGUUACUUGGCUUGUAAAUUAGAUACCCUAGCUGGUAGCCUAGAAAGUCGUGAAUCCAAAGAAGUAGUCAAUAAAGUGUUUAAUAUUGUUUUAGACUUAUUUUCUCCAGAUGAAUGCUCAAAUGGAGCUCUGGAUUCUGGUCAAAUAGCAAAAACAUUUUUCUCCUCUCCAAAUAAUCAACAAAAUAACAGCAUACUUAGAAAUAAUGUAGGGCUCUCUCCCAAAUCAGUUUUUCUUCUCAAUGUUGUUUGUGAGAAACUUGUUAGAACACUUUUGGAAAAAUUCACAAGCACUAUGUUUCUUGAUAAUGGUCCCUUUUCUGAUGAAAUAUCAUCAGAAGAUUGUCAACUUUUAAAAAUACUUCAAAGUAUAAAAGAUGGAGAUUUUGAUUAUUGUAAGGGAGCAACGGACUGUGAACAACUUCAAGGAGAUUACACGUCUGGUCUUUUGGAAAAUCUGCCAGAAAUUGAUCAAGAUUUAUUGUCAUCAGACACUAUGCUUGCUACUAUUUCCCACAGAUUGGUUAAAUCAUUGAUGGACAAGCUAUCUCAGAGUAUACAGCAAGCUCCUGAAAGCCCACCUUUUGCAAAUGGGCAUUUAAACCCUAGGACAAGAGAAAUACAGUCUAGUUCCACAAAGGUGAAAUGGCCAGAAUUAAUAGAAUUAGGACAAGGUAAAGGCUCUUUAGAAAUCAUGAGUUGUAACAGUAAUUCUUUGACAGGAUCACUAAAUAAUCCCAAUAUUGUUAGCUCCAGAAUGCAAGCACCAUUUGGCACGCAAUAUACAAUAAAAUCUUCUGUGUCAGAUCUUAAAAGACAGACAACAAAAGAAAGGAACACAAUAACCAUUCAUAAUAAGUUACAUCAAAGAGGUAUGAAUGCAGGUGUUUAUUCAGCCACAUUUUUAGAGGAAAUAAUUUCAGAAUUGUUUUUUAAUCUCUCUACCUCACUGUGGGGCAAAAAUAAGAAUAUCACUGAGUCCUAUCUCAAUGACAUGAAUACAUUACUUGUUAACAAAGUAGUGAAUGAGUUUAACGACGCAAAAGUCACUGUUCUACGGAAUUCUGAAGAAAGGCUGUGUUUUCCAACAGUUCAUAAAGAUACAAUUAGUAAGAUUGUUAACUCAGUUUAUUAUGAUGUUCUACAGCAAUAUGAAUUGGAAAUGACCCGUGGUAAUAAUCUGUCGUGUGACAAUACUCCAAUUGCAGGACAAAUAACCAGUAGCAUAUUGUUUGAGAUUUUAGACUACCAACUCCCAUCUUGUUUUAGGGAAAAGCUCAUGCCACAUUCAUACUACCCUCUCAAUGCUAAAACUAUAUUGCAGAAGCUUCAAAAUAACCUGAGAAAAUUUACAUUACAACCUUGGUCUUCAACAGGUUAUAGCACCAUGUUAUCACAUUCAUUUUUAGAAAAUAUCAUAAAAAGGCUUUUAUCUCAGCUCAUUCCUCAACCCAGUAAGGCUUCUUAUUUAGAAAAAAAUUAUGUCAUGAGUUCAGAUUUUAAUGAAAUGUCCACCUGUAUAAUAAGUAAGGUUAUGUCAGCCAUUUCAAAACAUAACAUUUGGUUCACUAUAUAUGAUAGUCAAUAUCUUUAUACAGGACAAAACCUUGAAAAGAUGGUGGAUUCUGUUUAUAGUAAUAUUUUGAAAAUGUCUGACUCCCUUCUUUCAAUUCAGAAAAGCAUAGUCAGUCGAAGUCCAAUCAUAGUUGAGCAAAUAGCCAGCUUUAUUAUCCAAGAAAUUAUUGAAAAUCAUCUUCACCCCUUUUUGUGUGGAGAGUCUUUACCUCGCCCAAGGACCCCACUCGAUGAAGUAUCUAACAUGGUUAAACAGGUUCUCAGAGAAGCAAUAGAAUCAAACAGAUCCCAUACGCUAUCACCAUUAUGUAUUUAUCCUGAUAUAUUUGUUAGAGAGAUUGUUGCUAGACUUUUAUCAAAGAUUUUCAACCCAAAGCAUAACACUGAAGUUGAGCUAGAAAACAUGACCCAAAAAAUCGUAAACUCUAUAAACAAUCAUUUAGACAAAGCUAAAAUUCUUACUCUCUGUGAAAGAGAAGAGUCUUUUCCUUCUGUAGAUACAGAUAUUGUGAAUGAACUUGUCUCUUCAGUUUAUAGGAAUGUUUUGAAACAACAUGGCCUAGACCCUGAUGUUGAUCAAGAGUCUGAAGAUACUGACAUUUUUGUUGAAAAUAUUACCAACUUAAUUAUAGCAGCUAUUUCAGAUUACCUUCUUCACCCACUGUUUUCUGGGGAUUUGCAAACUUCUUCCUGUUCUAUUUCAACAGCUGACAAUAUUGUUCAAGAAAUCCUUAGUAACAUCAGAAAAUCUACCACGCCAAGUCAGAUUUUACCUCCAUAUAACACUUUACUGCCAUAUACAUUUUUAGAAGACAUGAUCAGAAUACUAUUAUCUAGAUUCUUCCCUUCUGCAUCUAGCAUGCUUCCAAAUAUAGAAAGCCCAAGAGACAGACCAAGAGGAAACUUCAAUGAAAUUGCAUCCAACUUAAUCAGUGAUAUCAGAAUGAAAAUAUCCCAACAUGAAAUUCGGUUUUCAAAAGAUGAAGAAGAAACCAACUUUGUUUAUUCAGAAGAUGAUGCUCAGCAUCUUGUUGACUCAGUAUUUCAAAACAUUCUACAAAAUUCUGAGUCUCAAGAAUCAGUUGAGCAAGAUAUCACAAGCAGUAAUGAUGUUCUUAUUGACAGAAUAGCAGGUUUUAUCAUUAAACAUAUCUGUCAACAACAUCUUCAGCCAUUUGUGGAUAGAAAGUCAUUACCUUCUUCACCCUACACAUAUCUUGAUGAUGAAAGAAGGCAGCUAUUUUAUACAAGUGUUUAUUCCUCAAGUUUUUUGGAAGAUGUGGUAUCUGGGGUUUUAAGCAAAAUAUUCCACAGGGUGAUAGGCAUUGUACAAACUAAUACAGUAAAAGAUUCAGAAGAUGAACUGUUUGAUGCAGCUGAAAAACUCAUACAUUUAAUUACAGAGGAAUUCUCAAAAGCCCAAGUUAGCAUUAUAGACAAUGCCGAAGAACAAUUGCAUUUACCCCCAGUGGAGCAAGAGAAAGUCAAAAAAAUUAUUGACAUGGUAUACAGUAAAAUUUUGCAAGAAUAUGAAAUGGAAAUAAUGCCCCAAAAAUAUUUUCUAAAUGACCCAAAGACCUUGGCUUCAAGGGUAACUAAAAUCAUCCUGGCUGAAAUUUUUGAUUUUCAAAUUGAUCCAGAUCUUAUAGCAAAUUUACCUUGUAAGUCAUAUUCCAAACUCAGUGCUAAUGUUUUGAUAAAGAGAGUCCAAUAUGGUAUUAGUAAAUCAAGAUUCCGAAGACAAGCUUCAACCACAUAUACUACUAUGCUAUCACAUACUCAUUUAGAAAAAAUAGUCACUCAGCUUAUGUCUCAGAUGAGUCCGUUAGCCUCCAGUAUGGAACAUCCAGAUACUCCUCAAUCAGACUUAAGUAAUACAGUCAUAAAGCUGAUUAAUGAAAUCAUGUCAAUAAUUUCAAAACAUGCAAUAUGUAUAGUAAAACAGGGGAAUGGAAAACAAAGUAUGAUCUCAGAAAAAGAUAUACAGUCAAUGGCUGACUCUAUUUAUGCUGAUCUUUCUUGUUCAGAUUUAUACCAGUCUCUUAUGAAAGAUAAAAAGGCCAUAAGUAAUAUACCUGUUUCUAAAAUAGCAAGUUUUAUAAUAAAGGAAAUCUUUAAUCAUCAUAUUCAGUCAUUUUUAUCUGGAGAUAAAUCUCUCCUUUCAGCUCCAGCUGACCAAAAUUAUAAACAUAAACCAACAGAUCCUAAACAAAGAGAACUAUCUUUCAUUGUGAACUCGGCUAUUUUUUUGGAAGAAGUAAUUUCUCAGCUUCUUUGCAAAAUUUUUUAUGCAUUCACACAUAAUGUCUUGGCUGCUGAAAACCCAGAUAGAGCAAAAGCCAAAAUUACUGGCAUUGUUACAACAUUAGUAAAAUCAAUUGUUCUGGAGUUCACCACGUCAGAGAUUUUAGUUGCAGAAAACUUUGAUGAAAAUUUGUGUUUUUCAGAAAGAUAUCAAGAAAUGGUUCAAAAUACAGUAAACCCAAUUUAUGAAAAAAUAUUAGAUGAAUAUAAAUCUCUGAUUCAAGUAUACAGGGUCAUACAAAAUGAUACUAUCCGUUUUGGAAGGAAAAUAUAUAAUUUGCUACUGGAAGAAAUUUAUGAUUACCAGGUACAAUCAUUAGUUUCAGGAGAAUUAGAGUCCUCUUCCUUUUCUUCUCCUCGAGCUGACAAUAUCAUCAGAAAUGUGCUCACCAUCCUUUUGAAAGAUAGCCAUUCCUUGCCAUCAUGUAUUACUGUGUUGCCUCGUUCUCUUUUAGAAGAUAUGGUUUACAAGCUUCUAGUCCAUAUCUUCCCUUCAACUGACACUGAAACUGAACUAAAAGAAGAAGAGGUUAUACCAGAUCACGAGUGUGUGGAUGCAGUUUCAACACUGACAGAUGAAAUUAUAAAAGAAAUUUCUGAACAUGAGAUCCGACUUGCCACAGCGGAAGAGAAUGCCGGAAGUAUACAAUUAGAAGCUAUUGAGAAUUUGGUUGACUCCAUAUGUAGUAAUAUUUGGCAAAAAUCUGAAUUCCAAGCUGAAGUACAGAAAAAUGCAAACAAAAAAGAAAGUUCAUUUCUCAGUAAAAUAGCUGGAUUUAUUAUGAAGGAAAUCAUGGAUCAUCAUUUACAGCCAUUUUUACAUGGUGAAGAAUCAUUGUCCAGUGACUUACCUGAUACUGGCCAUGACACAGUACUUGCGGAAUCUGUUAAUAAAAAGACACAAUCUUCUCUGUAUUCAGCUACAUUUUUAGAAGAUGUAAUUGUUGACCUUGUUCAUAAAUUUUGUUCUCUCCCAACUAUUACUGAACAUUCUAAGAAAAAUGAAAUGCCAGAACCAGAUAUUGUGGGCUUAGCUAUAACAUUUGCAAAUUCUCUUAUAAAGGAAUUUAGCAAAAGUGAAAUUAAAGUUUUACCAAAUGCUGAAGAAAUGUUUUCUUUCCCACCAGUUGAUAAAGACACAGUUGACAAAAUAUCUAAUUUUGUGUAUGAUCAGUUCAUAGGAAAAUAUGAACCUAAUGAUAUUCGGAAAGAUAAUAAAAGUAACUUUGUUAUAGAAAUGAUUGCUGCUUUAGCUCAGAAGGCAAUCUCUGCAUUCAAGAUUCAACCACUUUUUUCAGGAGACUGGUCUUCUACUUUCUUUUCAUUUCUAGAUCCAGAAAACAUCACCCAAAGAGUUCAACACCUACCACAGAAAACCUCUACAAAGAUAAACAGAUACCUAAGAGGCAAUGAACUUACUUUACCAGAAAAUUUAUAUAAAAACAAUUCUUUAACCUUAGAUGAGAAAAAUGCAAUGGACCUUUUGAAAAUAGAUAGAAGCGCAGUGAGUGGAAAUAAAAGUUUCAAAAGCAAGGGCACAUCAAUGAAAAAAGGCAACAUCCAAGAUCCAAUACUUACCUCUAUAACUACCAUUAUGAAAAGCAACGUGACUAACCAAUUAACAGGGUCAACUUCAGGUGCAGCAAAUAAAAAGGAGGAUGAAAACAAAGCAGAAAUUUACAUUCAAAACUGUAGUGAAAAUGUGUUGAAACUUACUGCGCCAACAGCUGGUGUAAAAAGUAAAGAUACUCAGGAAUCAGAUUUUAGUAAAACACUUACAAAUAAUGAAACUGAGAAGAAAACAAAAUUAUCCCUAAAAGAUAAAGAAGAUCAAGGUGGUAAAAUACAUGAACAUUUUUCAGUAGUUACUGAUGAUACAGAAUUUGAGAAGGAAGUACUCAGAGGAAACUUUGAAAUAGAUGAUGAUAAAAAGAUUGACAAUACAAAGGAUUUAUUUAAAAAAGAAGACAAACCCUUUCAAUUAUCAUCUUUGAAGUUCAAGGUAAAAAAUAUGGAGGAUGCAACAGAGAAAUCUUUAAAGGUAGUAACACAAAAGCCAAACAAUGAGAAGAGAAAUGUGCCAGCCCAAAUAGAUACGGUUGAAGAACAAAGCUCAGAUUACGAAUGUGUUCAAAAUGUCAUUGAAAAUAUUUAUGACAAUAUUUUAGAAAUAUCUUCUGAUCAAGAGUCAGCAGAUUUUUCAAAAUCGAGAUAUAGCAAAAGCCUCUCAGAGGAUAAAGACUUAAAUGUAAUUCAAGAGACUGGCAAGGAUUCUAUACAGCCUAUUGCAAAAAAUGAUUUAUUUGCCUCAAUUAAUAAAAAUGUCCAUGCUGAAGAGAAAAAGAUAGAAAAAGAGGAAGAGAGAGAGAAAAAAGAAGAGAAGGAGAAAGAGAAAGAAAAUGUAAAAGAGAAAGAAAAUAAAAGCCUUUCUUGUAAAGCAGACCAUCCUCAGUACCCACCAGAAAGUAAAGUUGGAAUUUUUCCUGCAAAACUAUUAGAAGAUGUUAUCACUGAACUGGUUAACAAAUUGAUCUUUUCUUCAUCAUCAAAAGCACAAACAUAUCAUACAUGUACAAAUGUGGAUGAUGAACUAAAUCAAUCUGAACUCUAUGACACAGCUAUGAAACUUAUUGAUUCACUGUUAAAAGAAUUUUCAGAUGCUCAAAUUAAGGUAUUUAGGCCAGAAAAGGGAAAUCAGUGUUUUCCACCUGUGGAAACAAUGUCUUCAGUUCCUAAAGCACCAUCCAAAUAUAAACAAACAAUUGCUGAUGAAGCAUCAUCUAGCAUUAAAAUAAAAACGGAGGAUAAAAUUUCACAUGUGCAUAAAAUGCCUAAAAAACCCUUUUUCCUGGAAAAAGUGCCAUCAUUUGAUAAGUCAUUGGUUAACAAAGUUGUUCACUCCUCUAUUUGCAGUAUUUUGAAGGAGUAUAGAUCUCAAUAUUCUAUUUGUAAGAAUAUAAACAGCAAUAGGGGAAAUUUAGCAAGAAGGUUAACUAGUGCUGUGAUAAAUGAAAUUUUUGAGCAUCAGCUUAAUUUAAUAUUUGGUAAUGAGAUCCCAGCUGCAGCAUGCUUACCUCUGGAAUCAAAAGAUUUUGUUAAAAAAGUCAAAAAAGUGGCUCAAACAACCAACAAAGAAUGUCAGACAUCAUCACCGUAUACCAUAAUAUUGCCUCAUACAUUUUUAGAGGAUGUGAUUUCUGCUCUUAUAUCUAAAAUCUUCUCAACGAUAUGCAACUCCAAAGCAGAAGCAUCUGAGAACAAUGUGUUUACAGAAUUGGAUUUCUUUCAAAUGAAGUUAGUAAAUACAGUUGAAGCAGAGAUCGCCAAAGAUAAAGAUAUGAUUGUACAAUACGUAGAAUCCUUACAUCCUAAUGAUGAGGAAAUUAUUCAAUUGGUGGUUCAGUCUAUUUAUAAUAAUCUCUUGCCACAGUUUGGAUCUCAAGAGAGCAUACAAAAUUGUAUAACCAGUGGAUGCAGAAUCCUUUCAGAAACUAUAGUUGACUUAGUUCUACGAGAGGUGGCUGGCAACCAGUUGCAAAAUUAUUUUUGUGGAGAGUUAACUCCAUGCCAGUGUGCAGAAGUUGACAGCGUGGUUGAAAAUAUUCUCAAAGAUGUUACCCAAACUACUCAUGUUUCCCCACCUCAACCACCACAGGCUCAUAAAUUGCCUUACAAUGUAAUAGAAGAAAUUUCUGUAAAAUUUUUAUCAAAGCUCUUAUCUAGGUUUCCCAAAGUACAGAAUGAAGAAACAAAAUCUCUAGAAGAAGGAAUGCAAAAAAUAACCUCAAAAAUAUUAAACUCAGUUCAAGAAUUUAUCUCUAAAAGUAAUAUUAAACUUAUACCAUCAGCCAAGGAAUCAUCCAAUAUACCUGUGGGUGACAAUGCAACCAUAGAAAAAGUCGUUAAUUCUGUUUAUACCAGUAUUUUAAAGCACUCUGGUUCUUAUACUUCUGUAUUUAAAGAUUUAAUGAGUAAGAGCAAUGUCCUGUCUGAUAUAAUAGGCUUUUUAAUGGUGAAGGAGAUUUCCAAUUCUGAAUUCGAACCUCAAGUAGAAGAAGAAGUGUCAAGUUCAGAAUUAGUUCUGGAAGCGGUCAAAAUUAUGGAAAAAGUGGUCAAAAUUAUUGAUGAAUUUAAAUCACAAGAAAAAUUUCCAUCCAAAAAAGGUUCUAUGUUAGAUGUCAAUUUUUUAGAGGAAGCAUUGGCCUUGUUUUUGUCUAAACUAGUAAGGUUGCCAAGUGGGUCAAAAAAAGAUGCAAAAAAUUUAUCAAAGUCUGAGUUAAAUAAAAUUGCAUCUCAACUCACAAAAUCUGUAACAGCUGAAAUUUCAAGAAGUAACAUAACUCUUGUAGCUGCUGAUUCUGAAGAACAUUUUUUAUACCUAGAAAAUAAAGAAAUGAUUUCUAAGGUUGUUGAUUCUGUUUAUAGUAAUAUACUCCAACAAUCUGGAACCUAUAGAGAACUUUAUGAUGAUAUAAAACAUACAAACAUAGUCUUCCCUGAAAAAGUGGCUGGUUUAAUUAUCAAUGAAAUUUCAGGUUUUUCGUUAGAUACAGUUAUCUCAGAGAAUUCAAAUGCCAAUCAGUAUGAUCUAGACAUUAAUAGAAUUGUGCAAAAGGCACAAGAGCAUGCUGUUGAAAAGAUCCCUGACUUCUACAAAGAGUUAGAUCAGGAUUCAUUUGAAGAGGAAACUCCUGUUAAAAUAGUUCCACAUUUAGGAAAAAAACCAAUCAAAAUAGAUCCAAGUAUUAUUUCUGAACACUUAGCAGUUAUUUCUGUAAAAACUCAACCUCUUGAGAAAUUGAAGAUUGAGUGUUUAAAAAGAACUGGACACAGCAUAGCAGAACUGAGAAGAGCAUCAAUAAGUGGGAAAAGUUACUCUUCACAUUCAUCUACCACAGAAAGGAAAAAGAGAGAAAGACGUAUCUCAUUGAAUAAGACAGGACGACUAGAUGUAAAACCGUUUGAGGCUGUUGGCAGAAAUUCAUUUCAGAAUAUAAGAAUGCCCGAUAUCACCAAGGUUGAGCUUUUAAAAGAUGUUCGCAGCAAAAAAGAUCUUAUUAUUCGGUUAGUAGCCCAUGACAUUGAACAAGAAGAUUUAGAAAGUAACAUAGAUGAAGGAAUCAUUUCUGAAGAUGAGGAGAUUGUUAUAGGAGAGAUUGUUGCACAAGAAGAAAUAUUAGAAGUAGAAGAAGAUCAAAUGAAAGAAACACAGAAGCCAAUAAAAAGGAAAGCUGUUUCACCGAAGCAAACAUUAAGCACAAGCAGCCUGAAAAAAUUUUUGUCCCUAAGCAAAUGUUGCCAGCCCACAUCCAGUGCAAAUAUUGAAAGCAUUGAAGUAACCACAAAUCAGAAAAUAGAAUCCAAGGAGAAAGAUAUUGAAAGAGCGGUUUCUGAGAUUGAUGUCACCACAAUAAAAAGUUUGACUCUGACAAACUUUUCUCAGGAGAAAAAAACACAAUGUAAGAAAGAAGAGAAGAGUCUUGUUGCUGAACCACCACAUUACUUCAUACAUAGAAUUAUGAGUUCAUCUUCAUACAAUCAAGAAGAUUUCAAUUCAUCUGCUGGUGAUGCAGAAGAUCAUAACCCACAUCCAAGUACAAAAAUGUUAGAAGGCACUUCUUAUGAAGGAAAGCCAGAAAAUGCAAGCAGUGUUAAGUUUAUCACCAUCUAUGAAGGACCCAAGAAUGUUCUUAACAGUGCACAGUGCUCAAAGGAAGUCAUUUCAGAAACUCCUAAGCCUGGUAUUUCCAAACAAGGAUCUAAAAUGCUGGCGAAGGUAUCUUCAGCUCUGUCAAAAGUGUUUUCUCGAUCUAACACCAGUAUUUCCAAAUCUUCCUCACCACCUCAACAGGAUGAAUGCUGAAGCUUCUAUCCUAAUAAAAGCAUGCUUAAUCCUCUUAGAAAAUAAAAUGGU